AUGUUGUCAGAUUUUGAUAUAUUUAAAAACAAGCUUGACAUAGUUGCUCCUCAGGGGGUUAAAAGUCUAGCCGCUGUUGGUAGUAUUUAUGGUGAAAAUUAUAAGAAGAUAGAUAUUGGGUCGUAUAGAAACGGUAAUAUGAAAAAACUUUUGAAAGAUAAGCCAUCAUUAUUUGAAGAGUAUGCACUAAAGGAUUCAGAAAUAACUUUAAAACAUGCUUGUCAAAUGGAGGAAGUUUUUCUAACAGUCGAUAAAAUUGGUAUACCAUUAACACUAUCAAGUCUCGGAAAAUUAUAUGUUAUAAAAGAAUGGAGAAAACAAAAUUAUUUAGGAUAUCAGGUUCGAAAAGAUAUUAUGAUUGCUCGCGGGACUUUAUUAACAAGAUAUUUAACUAAUUACAUAGAGGAUAAAGCUAAUGACCGAUCGUGA